AUUCAAGGUCUAAAAUAAAUACAUGGAACCAACAUAAGAAUGAUAUAGAUACAUAUUUUGUAUGCACAAUUGACAUUAUUGACAAAAUACAGAUGCUUGAAACUGGUUCGUUAUCGGUUUAAAUGGCGCCAAUGCUAGAAACUGAUAUUGAUAUACGGUUGAUGUACUCUCAAAGGGGAGGAUUUUGAUUCCGAGUGAACGACCCAGCUUGUGAACAAUUUCAGUCCGAACCAAUCAUUCGUAGUGGAUCAGUGUUAAUAAAAAUUUCGUGUUCAAUGGUUGACUGAAUUGUCGCUGAAUAAAUAUGAAAUCAUUCAUUGCUUUAUUGGUGAUCCUAAAAACCGGUGAAAUAGUUGCUCUUGUAAAUUGUGGUCUUGAACCCAGUGCGCCGGAUGCGAUCUUGAGGAAGAAACUGCUAUGUGGGCAAUAUGACAGUUCUGAGCGACCGGUCAAAAAAUAUUCCGACACCGUUGUGGUCAGCAUGCACAUGGUGCUACAGAAUUUUGACAUAGACGACAACCUGCAGAAGCUUUUCAUAAAUGUUUGGAUACGCUUAUCAUGGAAAGAUCAAUUCUUGACGUGGGAUCCACGAGAGCAUAAUGGACUGAAAGAUCUGACGAUUGAUUCAAAAGAUAUUUGGUUACCGGACAUGAUGCCAUAUUCAGCUUAUUAUAGCAACAAUCUGGAUGCUUCCUGUACAUCGCCGAAGUGCAGCAUCCUUCCCGAUGGAUUGGUGCGAUGCAUUCCGGCCUGCGACUACCAUUCACUUUGCGAAACAGAUUUCAGCAAUUGGCCGUUUGAUCGGAUGAACUGCACAAUUCGCUUCGGGAUGUGGGCGGAAUAUUCGAAGGAGGUGGACUUCACAGCCGAUGGGAUAUCGUUCAUUUCGAACCAAACCAACAGCCACAACGAGUGGUUGAUUGUAAUGACAAAUGUGUCGAAGCAUGAAUCAAUUACGGCUGACGACAACGAUACUUCGACAUAUCCUUCGGUGGUUUACAACUUCGUUCUGGAACGCCACUCGGGGGUGCAUUGUGCGAUAAUACUGACGCCUGCAUUUGUAAUGGUCUCCCUCAACCUAAUAUCACUCUGGGUAAACUGUUGUGCCAUCGAAAGGUUGGUCAUCCUUUCCGUGAGCGUUUUCAUACAUUUCUUGUUCAUUGUGAACAUGUAUUGGCAAAUACCAUACAAUGGGUCAACGGUUCCAUUUUUCCUGAUCUUCUUUCGCGAUUCUUUGAUAAUCACCGCCAAUCUGCUAAUAUUGACUGUAUUUAUCAAGCAUUUGUAUCUAAGCUCGAAGCAGGUUCCAGCUUUUUGGAAAACUACGGUUACAGUUCUAACAGGAAACCAAAUUGGCAAAUGGUUUUUCAAUAUAGAUAACGCAGUCGGGUCCGAAGGGGAAACAUCGGAGGAGAAUAGGCCGAAUGAAGAAUCACCAGAUGAAACCACGGGAGACACGGCCAUUCUCGUGGGUGAAUACGCGACUGAUAAUACGAAAAUUGCUGCCAAACCAAGUGAGGAAAUAAGAGUAUUGGCUAUAAUAUUUGAUAAAUUAUUGUUUAUUGCCAUCUUUGUGUCUUAUGUAUUGAUGAUUUUAACACUAAUUCCGAGAAAAUGAAAUUUUAGCAAAUAUUCAUUUGAAAUUUAGAUAUAAAUUUAUGUGAAUUGAAGAAAUUAAUAUUUUUUUUACAGUUAAACAUAGUGAAUCAGCAAUUAAAUUAAUUAUCAGAUAAAGACUAAAGUGACAUUGCAGUACAUAAAGUUCCACAAGUUCAACCACAUAGGUCUCGACUUUGUAUACCACCAGUUUAUUAUUAUGCUUUUGUUACAGAGAAUUGCAGAGCUUUUCAUACCGGUAAAAAAGAAAGUUGGAUCUUAACUCUUUCAGGGCAGAUGGGUUACAUAUGCCCAGGA